AUGGAAAGAAUCGUAAAAGAUAGAACGGUUAGGGCGGAUGAGGGAAUGUUAGACCGCACAGUGAUACAGGCAAAUGGAGCGGUCAAUAAUGACCUCGGCAGAGCCUGCGUUCCAGCAUUCAACGCUCAAAUUAAACUACCGCGGAUAGAAUUGCCCAGAUUUUCAGGGGCAUAUGAGGAAUGGCACUCAUUCUAUGAUAUGUUCGGUUCAUUAAUUCAUUCAAAUAGAGAUCUUAACGAUACUCAAAAACUUCAUUACCUGAAAUCCUUCUUAAAAAGGGAGGCCGCCGAGGUCGUGUCGUCGCUAGAAAUGACCGGUGACAAUUAUCAAGAUGCAUGGGAUAGGCUUAGAGAGAGGUACGAUAACAAAAGGUUUACCGUUCAGAACCACAUCAGGGCUAUCUUUGAUUUACCUGUCGUGAAAAGGGAAGACAGUGUCGUUAUCCGACAAAUAUUAGACGGCGUGUUAAAGCACACGAGAGCUUUACGCUCAUUGGACAGACCCAUCGAGCAUUGGGGCGACUUGUUAGUUCACAUCGUCACGAGCAACCUAGAUAUGAAGUCAAUAAAAGAGUGGGAGAACUCGAUCGAGUCCACGCGAGUUCCUACGUUCGAGGAGUUAAUAGAAUUUCUAAAAAAAGGUGCCAGACGUUGGAGGCGGUUUCAAAGGUCCAAAGGCUGUAACGUAGCCGCUACCAAAUUUAAAUGCUCAUAUUGCCAAGGAGAUCAUAGUGUUUACUCUUGCAAAGAUUUUAAGGGUCUAUCGGUAGACGAGCGCGUAAAAUAUAUAAAAUCAAAGGGUUGGUGUUUGAAUUGCUUGAAGGGCAAGCAUAUGGCUAGGGAUUGUUCGUUAGACGGAUGCAAAACAUGCAGCAAGCGGCAUAAUUCCUUACUGCAUCCAGAGAGUCCCAAGGGUGAAUCGAGCAGCGAAUCGAGCCUCGGAAAGGCUAAAGUCGUUGCGGAUAAAGAACAAGGGAACAGUGCGGCGUGUGGACAUGCCUGUUCCACGGGAUCAUACCGGUCGAGUCAAAUGUUGUUGUCUACGGUUUUGAUUAAAGUAAAGCAUAGCGAUGGUCAUUUUAUCCAAAUCAAAGCUCUUCUUGAUAGCGGGGCGGAAUCUAGUUUCAUAACGGAAUCUCUAGCGCAGCGUCUAAAACUAAGGCGUAAGGCUGCGCAUAUAGAAAUCACAGGUAUUAAUCAGCAGGUGUCCAGGGCGUUGGAAAAUACCGAGGUUGGCAGAUCCGCGAUUCAACGUUCCUUCGGAAAUCGAUUUAGUGAUAGGAACCGAAUGGUUCUGAUGUGCGUAGGGCAGAUCAAUUUAGGUCCUGGCAGACCGAUAUUGCAAAAAACCGUGUUAGGUUGGUUGAUAGUCGGAACGGUGACGACGGGAAAUUUAGGACGCAAGCGAUACGCUUCCUGCAACCUGAGUAGCGUCCGAGAACUGGAUGAAGCACUACGGCAAUUUUGGAAAAUUGACGACAUUCCUGUGAGAGGGGAGUCUACCAUUGAUGAGUUGGCCUGCGAGGAAUUCUUCGAGAAUACGUACGAACGGAACGCAAAGGGAAGAUUCGUAGUCAAGCUGCCUGUAAAGGAGGACGUUAUGAAGCAAAUGGGCGAGUCGAAAGAUAUUGCUCGACGACGUUUUUUAUCGUUAGAAAGGAGGCUAGAUAAGGAUCAUGAUCUGAAGAAAGAAUACGUUCAGUUCAUGCAGGACUAUGAGAGAUUAGGCCAUAUGAAACAGAUAGAUGAGCCACGAAACGUUAGAUUCAGGAUUUUCUUACCGCACUAA